AUGAAGAACUGUGUUUUAUUAUUCUUCGUUAUUUUAUCUUUUUUAUCGAUUUGUACAACGAAUGCAUUAUACAAUAAUAUCACUUUUACAGACCCAGAAAAUGAUCUUUUUUUGACAAAAAGAACUUUGUAUGUAGAUGGUACGAUUUUGGUGCAACUUCAACGUCCUCAUCCUUCCAUUCCUAAUUGUUGGGACCCGAUAUUACACUAUCACAUUUAUCAUCCGAAUAAUACAAUGAGCUCUAUCAAAAUAACAGAUCAUGGAGUCCCCGAAUUUAAUUUUUGUCUAAUGGAAGAUGGAAAAACGAAUUAUUUAACAGUCACUUCUCUAAAUAGCGGAUUUUUUAUUUUAUCCUAUUAUAACACUGUUGAAAAAUCUUCAGCUUCUUUGUUUGGAAUUACCAUAUCUUGGGAAGGGAAGGUCCUAAGUUCUAAUUAUCUUCAUCCGGCUUGUUAUCAUAAGGUUGAAGGAUACCUCGUACGACCUACAUUUAUAAUUUCAAAUUUAAAUCCGGAAGACGGAUUUUUUUUUUCAGCUCAUGAUGGCGAAUAUAUUUAUUGGAAACAUUUUAGUUUACCAGAUAGUACAGGAAAUAUUCAUCCUCUCGCUAACGGAACGAUAAAUAACAAGAAUGUUCUUGGCAUUUGGUCAUAUCCGAUUGUAAAUCAAGGCUUUGCGAUAUCAUACACAACAAAAUCCAUCUUAUCUGACACUUUUCCCAAUGCAAUAAUAGACCAAGAGUAUUAUGAAAGUUAUAUUUAUUUUUAUUUUCACGAUGUUCAAGAUAAAUUGAAUGGACCUUUCUUGAUACAUCAAACUUCUUCAAAAUCUUUGGAGUUUAGCGGAAUCAAUUGUGAUGUGGAUUAUAUCGGGAAUGGAAGUGCUUGCAUUAUCAGCUAUACUAAAUUUACGGAAGAAAAUGAACCUAUUCCUUACAUCUUACAAGUCUCGUUGCUUUCUUCCGGAUCGGUGACAAGAAUCGUGCAAUUACCAUCCAUACCACAUUCAUUUGGAAUAAAUUUACACCCUUUCUUAUUUGGUGGGUACUUGAUGGUAGCUUUCGAAAAUGAUUCCAUAUAUGGAUACAUCAUACAUACAGAUGGAACGCUAUAUGGAGGUUGGGAUUUACCACAACCCUUGCCACUUCAAAACUAUAAUAAUGGUUCAUAUAAUUUAAUGUAUUCCGUAAUGAGUAACAAUGAAAUUAAGAUCAUUCAAAAGCAACCUGAUAAUACUUGGAAAAUGAUGAUUUCUCGGGUACCAAAGUUUAGUGGUUCAGAAAACAAAUUUAACAAUCCAACAAUAAUGUCAAUAAAUCCAACUAUAAACUCGAUAAUUAAUGAACAGAUAACGAACAUUUCAAUAACUUAUGUUGAACCGGAAAUAAAAAAUACACUUACUCAAGUAAAUAAAAUAAACGGACUGUUUAGAUUAACGAUUGAAGGAUCGUAUUCUUAUUUAUCCUUCAAUAGCACGUUAAAAAAUUCAUUCGCAGCAAAUAUGACUAAAGAAUUGUCAAACAUAAUACCAAUUGACGAAUCGAGAAUCAAGGUUUCAUCAGGUUUUCAACAUGAUUCGGAAUCUCGUGAUCACAUUAUUUUAUCAUUAACCAUUGAUGACACUUAUAAUAAAACACUAAAAAGUGCCGAAGAAAUCAUGAAUAAUUUUAUUACAUUAUUAUCGUAUAAAGAAUAUGGACCUAUCAAAGAUACUAAUCAUCUUUCAUACUUGGAUGACACCUAUGGUUUUAAGAUAAGUCGUAUGUAA